AUGGAUGACUCUCAAUAUCGAUCAGAAAUCAGGCUUCGAUUAGAGGCCGAAAACAGAGCAUUACAGAGUAGGUAUUUGGAUCUUGAGUUUACAGCAGCAGAAAUUGAAGCGCAAAACGAAUUACUUUCAAAAGAUUCUUCUCCUAAGAAAUCUGCGAAGCAGGACGACGCAAGUGCAAAAUUAAAAGAAAUAAAUUCCUUGAAAAAGCAGCUACUUUUAUUGAAACAACAAUCGCGAGAUUCAAAACUGUUAAAAGAACAAUAUGAACGUGUUUUGAAAAAUAAACAGAAUAAUAUUGAAUUUUUAAAGUCAGAAAUAUCUGAAAUAAAGCUCCAUACUCCAUCAGAAACUUUAGAUCAAUUAAAAGAAACGUUAUCUCAAUUAAAAGUUGAGGUUGAUCAGAAUAAUUCUAUGCUUGAAGUCUUACAGAAGGAAGAGUCCGACAAUCAAUCAAGAUUAGAUGAAUUACGUCGAAAUUUGAAUAUUACAGGUGAAAUUAAACCACUUCCUAAAGAUUGGAAGGAAGAACCUAUUCCACGCGGCCAACUUAUGGACACUCGCGCUGAUUACGACGAACUACGAACAGCCUACGAAGAAGCAAACUCAAUUUUAAACGAAAUGAGAAGAGAUCCAACAUAUGGCACAGGUGAUGCCGAUGGUUUAGCAAUGGCGCUAUAUGCGGAAAUAAAUUUGGCUAAUAAUAGCGAAGAUAGAGCACUUUCUGCCUUAUAUGAAGAAGAAAUCUCAUUAACCGCAAGACUUGAAAAAGAAUUAGAGGAUAUUCGCAAGGCUACAUCUGAAAUUAAGAAUUUCCGUGAAGAAUGCUACGAAAGACAGAAAAAACAUUACGAUAUUGCAGUUUCUCAAGAAUGGCUUAAUAUUUUGCAUAGCGAACUCGAAAAACUUGGCGAAUGA